AUGAUCGAAAUCGGGAUGAAAUCAUUGGUCGUCGUGCUCAUUCUCUUGACAACGCCGACGACUUCCGAAACUCAAAAGAAUAGUUUCAGAGCAACAGCAAACUCGGAAUCAUUCAAAGAAUUAGAAUGUAUAAAUUCGGUACAGUUUUUACUGGUCGGAGCGGAAAGAAUCGAAGGGGCCCGCUCCAGAGCGUGUGACAUUCUUUUCCCUAGCCAGGAACCAGACAUCGACCAGCCACGCGAACAACUACCAGUAAUAGAACCUAAAUUUUUAAAAAAGCUUCUCAAGCGGCAACCUCAAGCAUCCAUACAUAAAUAUCUUUAUGGUGGCACAUCUUCGGAACAGACGAUAUAUAGUAUCCCGCUUGACUUGAAGAGUGUUCCCCUCGAUGACAGAUCAAUAACAAUGGCUUCACCCGGAUAUAUCCUCAACACCCCGUCCUACCUAAUUGAGGCGUCAACACGCAAAGUCAAACAUCCGGAUUAUUCUCUACUUAUAGAUGAUGACUGCAGUAUCCGAGGCGUCUUGAUGAAAGUUUAUCGGCAGGGCUGUCUACCCAAUACUCCCCUAACACCACCCUGGAGCUAUGAGCUCUGCACCGUGACCAACGGAGAAGUCGACCGACGACGAAAAUACUAUCCUUCUAUCCCAGGGUAUCAACAGUUGCCAAGUGACUCAAUGCGCAUUGAAAGCAGUAGACAAAUUGUAAGCAGUUCAAGCAGCUCCAGUAGUGGAGACAGUACAAGCAGCAGGCGUAUUUCAAGAAGUAGACGCAUUGCAGGCAGCUUAGGCAGUGGCUUUAGUGUGAGCAGUAGGCGCAGCACAGGCCGUGAGAAGGAGCCCAAUGCCCCCUCGCUACGGUUCACGGAUUUUUUACCCUUUCGAGGAUGGCUCGAAGGCCAUCCACAACAAGUAAACUGA